CUGACAAGCGGCGGAGCCGGGAUUUGAACCCACGACCUCUGACUCCCAAGCCCGGGCCCUGUCCGCUGAGCCACGAUGAGCGAGGGUCGGGGGCGGAGAACCCAGGAGUCCGGCGUGGCCAUGGUGCUGGGCUGUGCGGCGGUGGUGUGGGAGUGGCUGAACGAGCACGGACGUUGGAGGCCCUACAGCCCCGCUGUUAGCCAUCGCAUCGAGGCCGCCCUCCGUGCCGGGCCCCGGGCCGGGGGCUCUGUCGUCCUGGGACAUGUGGACAGCAGACUCGCCCCCUACAUCGUCGACCUCCACUCCAUGCACCAGUUUCGCCAGGACACAGGCACUCUCCGCCCGGUCCGCCGCAGCUACUACGAUCCGGCUUCGGCCCCAGGGAAGGGGGUGGUGUGGGAGUGGGAGAAUGAUAGCGGCUCGUGGACCCCCUACGACAUGGAGGUGGGCAUCACCAUCCAGCACGCCUACGAGAAGCAGCACCCCUGGAUCGACCUCACCUCCAUCGGCUUCUGCUACGUCAUCGAUUUCGGCACCAUGGGCCAGAUCAACCGGCAGACCCAGCGCAAACGCCGGAUCCGCCGCCGCCUGGACCUCGUCUACCCGCUGGUCGCCGGCACCUUACCCAAGUCCCAGUCCUGGCCAGCCAGCCCCGGGUUGGCCAGCCCUCCUCCCCCGCCUCCUUGCUCCUGUCCGCAGUGCGUGCUGGUCAUGAGCGUCAAGGCCGCAGCGGUGGCCGGGCCGGCCGGGGGGCCGGGGCUGUCCCUUCAGGCUCGGAAGACCGUUCCCCCCUCCGGCGGCACCAAGCCACCCCCUCUGCCCAGCGGCGGGGCCAAGGUGUCUGACGGGGUGGGCAACGUGCGGGCGCCCGCCAAGUCGUUGACGUCGCAGGUGAGCCGGAGGCAAGCGGCCAGCACGCCGGCCCUGACGUCCUCGGCCUCUCCAGCCAGCCCCACGGGGGCCAACGGCAAGACCGGGAGGGUGGCCCUGGGCACCCUAAACCGCGCCAACCUGCAGCGCCUCGCGAUUGCCCAGUCCAGGGUCCUGAUUGCCUCUGGGGUCCCAACAGUCCCAGUGAAGAAUCUCAAUGGGUCUAGUCCUGUUAAUCCCGCAUUAGCAGGAAUUACAGGAAUCCUCAUGAGUGCAGCGGGGCUACCAGUGUGUCUCACCCGUCCUCCAAAGCUGGUCCUCCACCCUCCUCCCGUCAGCAAGAGUGAGAUAAAAUCCAUUCCUGGGGUCUCCAAUACAAGCCGCAAGACCACCAAGAAGCAGGCCAAGAAAGGUAAAACGCCGGAGGAGGUGCUGAAGAAAUACCUGCAGAAAGUGCGGCACCCCCCAGAUGAGGACUGUACCAUCUGUAUGGAGCGUUUGGCAGCUCCCUCGGGCUACAAGGGACCCCAGCCGAACGUGAAGCCUGACCUCGUGGGGAAGCUGUCCAAAUGUGGCCACAUCUACCACCUCCACUGCCUGGUCGCCAUGUACAACAACGGCAACAAGGAUGGGAGCUUGCAGUGUCCGACCUGCAAAACCAUUUACGGGGUGAAGACGGGGACCCAGCCUCCCGGGAAGAUGGAGUACCACCUCAUCCCCCACUCCUUGCCUGGCCAUCCUGACUGUAAAACCAUACGGAUUAUCUACAACAUCCCCCCGGGAAUCCAGGGACCAGAACAUCCAAACCCUGGGAAAAGCUUUACAGCUCGAGGAUUUCCGCGCCACUGUUACCUCCCGGACAGUGAGAAGGGGAGGAAGGUGCUGAAACUGCUGCUGGUGGCCUGGGACCGCCGUCUGAUCUUCGCAGUGGGCACCUCCAGCACCACGGGCGAGUCCGACACAGUUAUCUGGAACGAGGUCCACCAUAAGACGGAGUUCGGCUCCAACCUCACAGGCCACGGCUACCCGGACACCAAUUACCUGGACAAUGUGCUGGCCGAGCUGGCGGCCCAGGGCAUCGCUGAGGACAGCGUUGCUCAGGAGAAAGACUGAGGCUGGAGGAGGAGUUUAGAGGUGGGAGGAAGGAGAAAGAGGGGUAAGGACCCCACCCGGGGCCAGCUGGGUCCUUCUACUCCGCCCACCGUGUCCUCUCCAGCCCUUGUCGUGCUGCAAGCGGCGGCUCCGUUGUUCUUAAACUUCCUCAGACGAGGAGAGUGUCGAAUGGUGCCGUUGUGUCUUGGCCCUGGGUGGCCGUCAAGGCUGGGUUGGGCAUUUGGCGGCGUACCUGAGGUGAGGGAAGAGCAUCAUCAGGCUGGGCGAUGGCCUUGGGAAGCCUGAGGCCUCUUUCGCCUAAGCGCCUCCUCCUAGAGUUCAUUCUGCUUUGAGUGCAGAGUUUCAGCUUCACGUCCCUCGAAAGGGAGGGGUACGGGCUCUCACUGUGUGGGGUCGGGGGUGGGGGUCAACCGCUAAACUACUGUGAAAUAUAAACUGCAGGCCCUAAGGCC